AAUCAAAGAAGCAGUAUAUAUAUGCAACAGAUAGAAAGUGACAUAAAGUAAAAUGUUCAAUUAAAUUAAGUGCAAUGUUAUAACUUUGACAUAUUUAAUAGUGAACUUGCAUUCUCAAAAAAAUACUUUCUAAUUGAUAACAUCUCAAUUAUAUUGUCACAACGCAAUGAUCAAACAAUACAGCCAAAAGGCAAUUGCGCAAGAUAGUUCUAACUAGUGCAAGUUGUGGACAUAGUAGAAUGUGUGAAAUUAUAGUAGUUUUUAUGAAAGACUAAUUCUGUUUAUGGAACUUAACAUUGAUGAUCAUGAUUAAAUUAUUAGUCCUACUUUUAUUCGUACCAGAAGAAAUAUUUUCAACUGUACGAGUUUAUAAAAAAACGGACACGAAGAAUAAUGCUGAAGUUUAUUGUGAGACCAAUGGAGCUGUAUUACUUGGUUAUUCCAAAGAACUUAUUGAAGCUUCCAUAUCUUGUUCUUUAACAGAUGUAUUGGUUAACAGACCAUGGCUACAGAGAACAGGCUGUUUUAUGUACAGGAUGACAGCCAACAAAAUGCAAUUCCAAGACAAUCAUUUAGCCAACUGUGCUACGUUUUGUAAAUCUGAUACAUUUACAUAUAUAGGAGUUCAGGCAGACAUGUGCCUGUGUUAUGAAUCUCUAGCUGGAAUUGGUGUUCCUGCAAAUUGCGAUGCCGUUAAUUGUCCUGGAAAUAGCUUUGAACAAUGUGGUAUAAGCCAUAUGAUUGUGUACAGAAAAGAAAAAUUGUUACCCAAAUCAGAUUGUCAAUACGUUAAAUUUGAUCAAAAUAAAUUUGAUUUAAUGAAUGGAGAUUGCAACAUCAAGAGGGGUUUUGUUUGUAAAGAAGAUAAUGGCGAGGAAUUGAUUGAAUGUGUCGGUGAAACUUCUACAUACCCAACAGUUCAAACAAGCUCAAUAGUAAAGGCUUCGACUGAGGGUCUAAGUUCAGCAAGUAGCUCAAAUCUAGCUCUAAUCCUUGGUAUAAGUCUGGUAGUGUUGGUAGUAGUAGUUAUUGUAUUGGUAAUCAUAUGUUUUAGAAUGAGAAAAGUUGUUCUGUAGUGCGUCAGUGUUCACCUGAAAGUGUUUCACCACGAUUCCAAACCUAAGACUGAAAAUGUCACUGAUAUCAACAUAUUUCAUUAUCCAAACCACUGAAAUAAUGUAUUGCACAGUUUAACAUAAACAUACUACGCAUGUGCAUCGCAUACCUAUCAAAAUAAAGGAAACUUGGAACUUGUAUGGAACCUAUCAUUAAAAGCUUUUGACUGUUUCGGUUCACUAAAAAUUUGAAAAUGAUACAUAUUGAUACUAUUUGUUACAUAGUAUGCUGAUGUUAUAAUACAAUACAUAUGGGAUCAGUUUCAUGGUCCACCGUUGAACAUAGAAAAUUAUAGUGAGAGGUUCAGGUUUAAGUUUUUGGUCAAGGUAGUUUUUUAUGAAGUUAAAGUCACAUGUUCCUUAUGAUAUGAUCUUUCUUAUUUGUAUUCCACUUAAAGUUUUGACCCCAAUUUCACUGUCCACUGAACAUGGAAAAUUAUAGUGCGAAUGGGGCAUCCGUGUACUAUGGACAAAUUCUUGUUUUUUUAAAUUUUAAAGUAGUGGCUGACCAAGAAUUCUAAAUUAAAAACCUACUUCCAUUUGUCUAUACAGAAAACAAUGACAAUGGUAAUAACUUGUUAACUUUAAAUGUGUUUUAUGAAUUUGUGUCAACCAUUCAUCAUACAUUUCUUCUUCUGCUGAAACACUUCAGAUUUCUCCUUAACAUAGUGUUAUUUUUAUAAAAGGACAACAGUACUACAUGUAUGUACUAACCGUGUGUUGAUGUGUUGAAAUAAGACCCGUAUACUUACCUCAAAUAAUAUAUACACGGUCGCCACGCGGUUGCUUUAAUCAAUCAUAUUUCUAGAAAUGUAUAUUAGGUAAGACGAUGUUCGUUAUGUCCGAUUCGUUGAAGAGUCUUAUGUGAGAUAAGUAAAUUAUUAUAUUUAAAUAGCAAAUUGUUGCCACUUACUGCAUAGUCAAUAUAUUUCCAAUUCUUUAUAAUAAAUUAUAAUUAUUAA